CUUCAACAAUACACCCGGAAAUAGCUCGGUGCGCAACAAAAUACAAACGUCAAACUGUCUCAGUCACACGAACACGCCGCCAACACCAAUCUAUCAGAGCGAGAUUUACAGUUUGGAGUCUCAAGUCGUAAACUGACUGCAGUACAUUAAUUGAUGCCGGAGCGGAUAUCAGCAACAGCCUGCUUAGCAGAACCAUAAGUAAUGUUUAUGGACAAGCUUUCAGCAUGACAGGCUAAGCUGAACCUUUACCGCUCGUGUGUAGCGUUCACUGGGGAGCUGCAGCCUCCACAAAGGCCUAUUUUCCGACUUGCGUUUUGGUUCCACAAGUUGCACCAUGGCGAUGUGGAUUCAGGCCCAACAGCUUCAGGGCGACGCGUUGCAUCAGAUGCAGGCGCUGUACGGUCAACAUUUUCCCAUCGAGGUGCGGCACUACCUGGCCCAGUGGAUUGAAAGCCAGCCUUGGGACUCUGUGGAUUUGGAUAGCCCAGGAGAAGAGGCUAAAGCCAAGCAUCUGCUUGACAACCUGGUGGCAGAGUUGCAGAAAAAAGCCCAGAUUCAGGGAGGAGAGGAUGGCUUUCUUCUCAAGAUCAAGCUGGGACAUUUAGCCAGCCAGUUCAAGAGCACUUAUGACCGCUGUCCUUUUGAAUUGGUGCGCUGCAUCAAGCACAUCCUGCAGUCAGAGCAGAGGCUUGUUCAAGAAGCAACAAAUGCGAGCUCUGGGGGCGGUGGGCAGGCCAUGGACACGCUGUCCCAGCGACAUCAACAGAUCAACCAAGCUUUUGAAGAGCUGCGCCUAGCAACACAAGAGACGGAGAACGAGCUGAGGAAGCUGCAGCACAGCCAGGAAUACUUCAUCAUCCAGUACCAGGAAAACCUGCGCAUCCAGGCCCAGCUGAGCAGCUUGUCUUCAGUCCCGCCAGCAGAGCGAACACAGCGGGAAGCCACCCUGCAGAGCAAAAGGGCCACUGUGGAGGCCUGGCUUGCCAGAGAGGCCAGCACACUACAGAAAUACAGGCUUGACCUGGCAGAUCAGCACCAGAAGACUCUGGGUUUACUGAGGAAACAGCAGACUCUGAUCCUGGACGAGGAACUCAUUCAGUGGAAGAGGAGACAGCAGCUGGCUGGCAACGGGGGUCCUCAUGAGGGGGGACUGGACGUUCUGCAGUCCUGGUGCGAGAAGCUGGCGGACUUGAUUUGGCAGAACCGACAGCAGAUUCGGCGCUGUGAGCAUCUUACCCAGCAGCUCCCUUUGCCUGGUUCAAUAGAAGAGCUGCUCACCAAACUCAACGCUGACAUUACUGAUAUCAUCUCUGCCCUGGUCACAAGCACCUUCAUCAUUGAAAAGCAGCCGCCCCAGGUGUUAAAGACCCAGACAAAGUUCGCAGCUACAGUCCGUCUUCUUGUUGGGGGGAAGCUCAACGUCCACAUGAACCCACCGCAGGUCAAGGCCGUCAUUGUUAGCGAGCAGCAAGCCAAAGCUUUGUUGAAGAAUGAAAGCACACACAGUGAAAGCAGUGGAGAAAUCCUCAACAACAACUGUGUGAUGGAGUACCACCAGGCCACUGGCACUCUGAGUGCACACUUCCGUAACAUGUCACUGAAGCGAAUUAAGCGUUCGGAUCGUCGAGGUGCCGAGUCUGUGACAGAGGAAAAGUUUACAAUUCUGUUUGAGUCCCAGUUCAGCAUUGGAGGAAACGAGCUGGUGUUUCAUGUCAAGACUCUGUCUUUACCAGUCGUUGUGAUUGUCCAUGGCAGUCAGGACAACAACGCCACGGCAACAGUCCUGUGGGACAAUGCCUUUGCUGAGCCGGGAAGAGUGCCAUUCCUUGUCCCUGACAAAGUGCUGUGGACCCAGUUAUGUGAAGCCCUUGAUAUGAAGUACAAGGCAGAAAUGCACAGUGGGCGUGGCCUGACGGAGGAUAACCUGGUCUUCCUGGCUCAGAAAGCAUUUUCAAACAGCAGUAAUAACCCUGAGGAUUACCGUAACAUGACUAUUUCCUGGGCCCAGUUCAACCGGGAAAACUUGCCUGGACGCAACUUUACUUUUUGGCAGUGGUUUGAUGGUGUUGUAGAGCUGAUGAAGAAAUACCUGAAACCUCAUUGGAAUGAUGGAGCUAUUCUUGGGUUUGUGAACAAGCAGCAGGCUCAGGACAUGCUGCUGUCUAAACCCAACGGCACCUUCCUGCUGCGCUUCAGUGACUCUGAGAUUGGAGGCAUCACUAUUGCCUGGGUGGCUGAAAAUCCCAACAAACAAGGUGAAAGGCUGGUCUGGAAUCUGCUGCCUUACACAACGAAGGACUUCUCCAUUCGUUCCCUGGCUGAUCGCAUAAGUGACUUGAACCACCUUCUGUUUCUUUACCCUGACCGGGCAAAGGAUGAGGUCUUUGCCAAGUACUACACCCCUCCACUCUCGAAACCAGUGGAUGGAUACGUUAAACCGCAAAUCAAACAAGUUGUACCAGAAUUCACCACCCCAAAUCCUGAGCCCUCCACUGGAGUUGUAUUCAUGGAGCAGACAGCUUCGUCCUCUGGGAGCCAUUCCAACAACUUUGGUGUCUACUCCUCCAUUAGUGAGAACUUGCUGGAUCCGGAUGGAGACUUCAACCUGGAGGACACAAUGGAUGUUGCCCGUCAUGUGGAGGAGUUGCUCCGCAGGCCCAUGGCCAACCAAUGGAGCAGUCAGCAGUCCUGAACCUGAAACGUGAAGCCGCUGCAUACCUUUGUGUGUUUUUUAUGUUUGGUUGUUUUUUUUGUCUUUUUAACACUCAACCCCCAAAAUCCUGAAGGGCAAUAAUAGAGAAGCUUGAUUGACACCUCGAUCCACUUCACAGUUCAGUUUUAGCAUUUAGUAAUGUUUGUCCAUAUGAGGAGAAUAUAGAGCUAUAGUUACAGGCUAAUAUCCUCUCAAGCUCACCAGAGUUUCUCUUGUCUGAAUUUGCUUGGUGGUAUUUUUCAUAGAGGUGAGGCAUGCAGAUGUUUUCAGUAGAAGCUGUACAAUAAGUUCAUGUAUAGCUGAUGAACCUGCAAGAAAUGAGGAAGCCUUUUUAACUGGGGAGAAAAAAGCUUGUCCAGAAAUGAUUGUAUAGUUAUCUGUGAAUAAGUACUAAAAUAUUCAUCUAUUUUCUAUUUGCAAUAAAAAUAUGUCAUUAUAUAUUUUCUAAAAACUUGAAAGAGAGAAAAACUUUGAUACUAUGUAACUUCUUGCUAAACACCAGGAACCUUCAACACAAACGGUACUCACAGACAUGUCACUUAUAUCUUAAAUGUAAGUUCAACUUUUUUUAAAGGUUUUAUUGGUGUUGGUGCCCUUUAUUUGAAAGUAGUUGGACUGAAAAGAGUGUAAUGAGAGAGGGGGAAGACAUGCGGCAAAUGUCGCCUGGCUGGGAAUCGAACCUGCAGCUAUUGCCACGAGGAUCAUGGCCUCAACAGGCGGGUCGUGUUUUGCCUGUGCGCCACCACAGCGCCACAAUAAUUUCAACUUCACAGAAAGUGUCAACCAUCAAACCAGCUGCAGUUUUUUGUUCAUCCAUCUCUGACUUCAACUUUAUGGCUGAUUCAAAUCAGUGAUGAAUCAGUUUGGUCCAAAUAGAUUAGAAUGGUUGUUGAAUCUAAUUUAUCUUUUUCUAACCCUUCAGAAGAGAAACCUGUUUGUAUGAAAUAUGAGGUGGCGUCAAUAUUAACAAACAUAAAAGGAAACGUGUGUUUUAUUUUAUCCUUUUCAAUAUCUAAUCCAACUAACGGCUCCAAACGAGAAUCAUCAUCAGAAUGAGCUGCCUGGCGUUGGCAGAGAGAGUUUGACUGGUUUUUCUUUGGUGGAACCAACAAACUGAGCUCUGCAGGUCGACACUGAUGAGUCUUUCUGACAAAUGUAUCUCCAUGUUGAGGGAAACAAACAGGCUUUCCAACAAACACACAGCCAAGAGGCAUUGCUACAACAAAGACAUAAUUGAUCAAACAUGUUUCCUUAAUUUUGUGCCUUUAAUAAAAACAUAAUAAUCCUGGAAUAUCAGGUUUCCAGGAUUAUUAUGUGAAACACUGCCCCCCUCUGCCUCAAACAGGUGCUGCAAUGUGUAGGAAAGCAGAGACUUCCACUUGCAACAAGCCAAACGCUUAAAUACGAAAAUAUUUGACCAGUGCAUUCACACAGCUUAGAUGAUUCUCUAUGCUGUCCUCUGGAAGUGUAGGGCUUGACAUAGGAGCCCUUUUCUACGAAUGAAUUCUGAAUGCAUGUUUUGCACCAGAGCUGAUGAGAUUGGAACAGACAGCUCUCAUCCCAUUGCUUUGUUUUCAGCCCCAGCUGUGUUUUUGCAGCUCCAACACAACAAAGGGAUAAUAAGAUCAGCUAAUAUGAAAGGAGACCCAAGCAGAGGAGAGUGUCUGUGCAGAAAUGCUCUGCCAUAGUUGUAGGUUCUAGGGACAGAGAACUUCAGUGUCUUUACCACUCAACACACUUGUGUGUUUCAUGCACAUUUGUGUGAACUGUAUCACUUUAAAUCAUCUGCAGGUCCUGGUUGUAGUUCUGACUAUGAGCCGAACUAAUUAGUUGCUAAAUAACACAAACUGUGUCAAGUAGCUGCUUCUAGGUUUCCUGAAGAAUAUAAUACACAAAGAUGACAUUUCUAGAGAUCUUUUUGUUUCCUUCCUCAGAAGUUACAUUGUCUAACUUUGUGUUAAAAUUGAAUUGAAUUGAAUGUCUUGAGAUGUAUUUUUCCCUGAAAUGCAUUUGUUCCACCAUACUGCCUUGCAUCAUGUUGACUUGAGGUGUUGAAACAUGUUAAAUUAGAUUUUACUGUCAAGCUGUCGUUUUCACUUUGAGUUCGAAAUUCAUCUACUGUUUUUAAUUUCUUAUAGAGCUGUUUAAUGCAACACAAAGCAGACAGCUGGGUGUCACACUAGAAUGAAGCAGAGUUUAAUCCUAAAACCUUCGUCUUAAACAUCUACAUUUACACCAACUAAUGUGUCCUAACAAGGUGAAAUAAAGUCUUAAUGUGCCUUUUACGUGUUGGAGAUGGCAGACUUGUAAAAACAUUUCCUGUGCACAAACAUGCUGUAACAGAAAAUUCAUAAGAGGCAAAAUAGUUGGAAUAUUAAUAAAACUCUUAAAUAGAAAAUAGUUGUUUAGGGUUAUUAUGACAAAGGGUAAUUAAAUUCUCAUUUUUAAAACUUUAACUGGAGGAGGAAGUCUGUAAUAACAAUGGCUGGACUUAUAAAUCAACCUGGAGUUCCUUAAUGUUGGGAGAUUGAUCAAUACUUGCAUGAUCUUAUCCACUGAUCUGACCCACCUCUGCAAUAGUCUGAAAAUCAGCCACUGGCCUUUUCUGCUCUGAUGUCAGAGCUAAGUUCCAGCCCCGCCCACCAGGUCAUUUCUGCACAUGCUCAGUUCGCAGUCGUCGCUCCACUUUCCAACAUUUUUAGCAACUUCUUAGACAAAUGUCAAAAUCAGCAGGUCAGGUGAUCAGUGACCGGCCCGAAACUACAAUAGGUGCACCUCUGAUUACAACAAAAUUAGCCUGCCGCACUUUUGAUAAUGUGGAGUGAGACCACACCCUGCUGGUUGUGUGUACUGUACAGCCUCACAUUUUACCUCAAGAGAUAAGAGAAGGUGUCACCGAUUAGAAGAAAUAAGUAGUCACAGUCGGUUAAUGAAUAACAUCAUAAAAAAAGUUCUCGUGAAAUCCUUAUGCUAGCUUUAAACCCUGGAGAAAUUAGCUCUACUUUGCAGUAAAUAAUCUCAGUCCUUCAAGUCGAGUUCUGCAGAUUUCCCUAACUGUGUCUGAACAGAACUAUUACUGUUCCUCUAUCAGCUUAAAUUCCACAUUUGUUUUCUACCAUGUGAAACAUAAGAAAACUUAUGUUUAAACAUAAACUGUUUUGAAAGAGUUUUCCUUAACGUGUCUGAUACAUUUUAGGUACUUUUGUUUUGACCCUGAUCUACAUCUGAUGUUUACCUUUUAAUACAUCUAGCAGAUUGAUACUCUGAGAUGUUUUCCACUGGUUGCUAGGUACAUAGUGUGUCACAUGCAAAUUUGUAUUCAUUAAUUUUUGUUUCUGAUCAACUUUUUCUUCUGAGAUGAAUUGACUUUGUUUUUGUACUUUUCAAUAGAAUAUAGAAGAAUGUGAUACCAUGCUGUUUUCUAUUAUGCCAUAUUAAAAUAAAAUCAUCAAAAUA